AUUUCGUUCUGCUGGCCUGCCCCGCCGAACGUCUACUCGAUCCCAAAGGGUAGGAGCGACCACCUGCGUCCCGUGCGCCCUCGACCCUCGACCUUCCUUCCCUCCAGCCUGCAGUCCUCCCUGGCCAUCUUCCUCCUCCACGCUGCUGCCAUUCUUCGACCCCAGAUCAACACCCUCUCUUGUUACCACCCUCUCGGUCCAGCAACCCGCUGUAACGGAAAAGUCACCCAUCUAUAACGCUCCCUUCUAGGCCUUGCUCUCUUGCUCCUCAUUGGCCAGCAUCCCACCACUGGCGCUCUGCAUCACCACCCAUUCACGGCAACCCACCCCAGAUUUGCCUCCUAACCUCAGGUAGCGCAAAAGGCACCGGCCCUCGCUCAUUGACAUCGUUAUGGAGUCUGUCUCUCAACAACGGCCGCCCGCGCCUGGCAACGGGUCUCACCCUCAGGCCCUGCCAUCCAUUGCCUCUCUCACCAGCAGCCUCUCUCCGUCUGAACAGAGCCCAGUCCGAUUCAGACAGCAAUCUGAGUCUCGCGAAGCUCGUGAUUCUGGUAAUUGGUCCAUCUCUCAGAGCAAACACUCCUCCACUGUAUCCAACAACAUGGGUCUCCAACUUCAGACGAUCCUCAAUGCUGAGGACUCACCAACACGCAACAUUACUGACACGCCAUCUUCGGCCAGGCACCAGGCUGUCCACCCUCAACAGCCUAGUGCGCCAUUUCCUUCCCUCAAUCAGGGCUUCGGCGACAACCGUUUGAGCACUGAUGCAGGCUCACAUUUCGACUCCCGACGCAGUAGUGUGGACAGCCGCAUGAACGUAGGAAUGGGUCACCUUCAGAUCAGCCCUGCUUCCCCCUAUGAUAGCCAGAACCCAUCGCGGGUUUCGCUUGUCUCCAACCUCCAGCAACAGCGAGGUAUCACCAACCCUGAUGCACGCAUCAAUGGCGCUUCCCCACUGUCACCGCCAGUCCGCAACAGCGGCAUCCGUGCUAAUCAUCCUCCUCGUCGAGCGCCUAUCAUCAACCCAAAUCCUCGAAGCGUGUCGGGUAUGCCAGAUCCUAUGGCUGCUGCGCCCACGAAGAGUUAUGCUUGGGCUUUCCCUGCCGAGUUUGAGCCUGAAGAGAGGCGAGCAUCAAGCAGUGGUGAGUCCAGCGCAGGGAAUUCACAUAUCCCAUCGCGCCAGAACAGCUUUGCCACAUCCAUCAACAGUAGCAUCUACACCACAGAUUCACAACUUCCCUCCGGACAGAAGCGGUUGGAUAAUGAUAUCUCAACAACUCAUCAUCACUCCAUGCAACACCGCAGCGUUACGAGUCUUCAAGGUCUCGAUCAUGGAUCUAUGGUUCAAGGCAGUGGAAACUAUAGUCGAACCCCAGAGCUUCGCAUCAGUCACAAGAUGGCUGAGAGGAAGCGUCGUAGCGAGAUGAAGAACCUCUUCGAUGAACUCAACCAGAUCCUCCCUAAUUCUCCUGGAAGCAAGUCGAGCAAAUGGGAGAUUCUCACGAAAUCUAUCGAAUAUAUCAGAAAUCUUGGUAGAGCACACGAAGCUGCUCGAGCUGAGAACGCACGACUACGACCUGAAGCAGACUUCUCUCGCCGAGCGCAGGAGGAGAACGAGCUUCUGAAGAACGAAUUGACCGCCAUGUGGACCAGCCUGCGCCGCCUUGACCCCAAUAACCCGCACAUUUACGGAAGCAUGACGGGUAUGCUCGCACAACAGCAAGGCAACACACCAGCGUCAACCAAUAACGUCCUACCGCCGUUACAGCCACAGCAACAACAGCCUCAAGCACAGCCUCCGCCGCAACAACCCCAAUGGGGCACGCAGGCGCCUACAGCGAUGCAGGGCGUCGAGUUUGGCGGUAUGCGACCCUACGAGCACCCACACCGUUGAACACAUCGGUUACACUCGCACACAGGUUGCGAGACUUGUCCACGAGGACUUGCUGUACAAUACCAUCCUAACAUUUACGGAUCACGGGCGUUAUCACAUACAUCUUUCGGCCAUCCAAAAUCUUCAUUUCGGCCGUCACUACGCUGGCGGCCUCGAGCCUCCUGCAUGGUCUUCAUGGCCCUCUCCUUUGUUUACUGUUCAACGAUGGCGGCCUGAGCUAUGUGGUGCUGCAGGC